GCAGCCGAACGUUUCCAACCGCGAGCAACAAUUCACCAACAGUUCUCCAUUUUUGAUAUGACAAUUUUUUCACCAUGUCUCGCACAAGUAUUACCUGCCAAAUUACUUGAUAAUGAAGUAUUUCUGUCAGGCAAAACCGAUCAAUGUUUAAUUCUAUUAGCACUUUUCAACUUGGAACUCACGCUGGCCAUGAUGUUUCAAUUUCUCGCUUUCUUCAUUGCUACUCUUUACGCUUUCGCCGUUCUCAGUCUUCCUAUCACCGCUGAAGCUGCCCGUCUGCCUGCUGUUUAUCGUUCUGAGCAACGCGACCGCCCUGCGAUAUCCCGCCGAGAUGUAUACAGUCCGAAAAUCACGAAUCCUACUGCUUGUACGACGUGGUUCAACGGUUCGCGUGUUUCUGUUACGUGGGAUACAAGUAAACCACCGCAAAAUAUCACGAAUGAGGAAGGGAAAAUCAUGACUGACGAGCACCUGAAUAUGUCUAAUCCACUCGCCGAAGGGUUUGAUAUCAUGGCUGGUACCAUAUCAUUCCUUGUGCCCGACGUAACGCCUGGACAUGGUUACAUCGUCGUCCUCCUGAAUUCACAGAUUAGCGCGCAGGCUGAGGCUAGUGACGUGCUUGAAGAGGCUACCUGUGCAGUGGGAAUCUAAGGGUAACGCUGUGCUCUAAGUAACGACAGUGAUCCCGAUAUUGGAGCUGGAUGAGCUAGUUGUCUUCGUCGAUGCACUGUUGAUCGGACUCUCUGCCUCCGUGUGACCACCUGCUCGCAUUCAUUGGAGCGUAUGAGAUUAGUGGUACGACUCUAGACAGCUUCUCUGUGCAGGACCGCAAAGCAUCUCUAUACUGAAUACUGCUAGCAUGCUGUUGGUCGAGAAUCACUCCGGG